CUCGAGUCAGGCGGAUCAGAGAUCAGAAUACGCGGUGCAAUAAAACCCGAUCGCGAAUAUCUGUGAGUGGAAUUGGCAUGCACGAAUCUAGCUGAUAAGCCCAUUGUUAUUCGGAUGCCUUUUAUUCUCUUUCGGGGAGCAUGUUUAUUUGCUCGUCUGCGGCGAUUAUAAAAUGUUUGUUUGAAACAAACCAGUAACCCGUAAAAACUCCGCAAAAUAGGUUAAGUUAAGAGUCAUUAUAGUGCUAAUAUAUCCGGAACGGUCGGACGAGAUCAUCCAUCAUUGGCAGAGUGUCACCCACAGACUUGUCGCCCAUUUGCUGUCCCACAUCUUCCUCACUCCAUUCACGGCGAUGUCAUUUCAUCUGGGUAAAUUCAGCAGUUUUACCUGGUUAUUAGCUGCCGGAUUAGUUUUUUGUUUUACCUUAUCCAGCGCUAGUAAAACCACAUCCGAAAAGCCCAAUAUUGUCAUUAUAAUGGCCGAUGAUCUGGGUUUCGACGAUGUGAGUUUUCGGGGCUCUAACAACUUUCUGACUCCCAAUAUCGACGCACUGGCUUAUAGUGGAGUUAUUCUGAACAAUCUCUAUGCAGCUCCCAUGUGCACUCCCAGUCGGGCUGCUCUUCUAACUGGAAAAUAUCCCAUCAAUACAGGUAUGCAGCAUUAUGUGAUCGUGAACGAUCAGCCUUGGGGUCUUCCGUUGAACGAGACGACGAUGGCGGAGAUUUUCCGAGGAAAUGGCUACCGAACCAGUCUCCUGGGAAAGUGGCAUUUGGGGAUGUCCCAGCGAAACUUUACACCCACUGAACGGGGCUUCGAUCGCCACUUAGGAUACCUUGGAGCUUAUGUGGAUUAUUACAGCCAGAGCUAUGAACAAACGAACAUAGGUUACAAUGGCCACGAUUUCCGGGACAAUCUUAAGUCCACCCAUGAUCAGGUGGGACAAUAUGUCACCGACGUGCUCACCAAUGCCGCCGUUCAGGAAAUCGAGGAUCACGGGUCGAAGAAUAAUAGCCAGCCGCUCUUCCUGCUUUUGAGUCACCUGGCGCCCCAUGCUGCAAAUGACGAUAAUCCUAUGCAGGCUCCAGAAGAUGAGUUGGCCCUAUUUGAUUACAUUCGAAAUGACACCCAUCGUUACUAUGCCGCAAUGGUUUCCCGACUGGACAAAAGCGUGGGAAAGGUCAUAGACGCUUUGUCGCGACAGGAAAUGCUCCAGAAUACCAUCGUACUCUUUCUGUCUGAUAAUGGUGGGCCGACCCAGGGGCAGCACUCCACCACCGCCUCCAACUACCCAUUAAGAGGACAAAAGAACUCACCCUGGGAGGGCGGGCUGCGUUCCUCGGCGGCCAUUUGGAGCACUGAGUUCGAGCGAUUGGGAAGUGUGUGGAAGCAGCAGAUCUAUAUUGGCGAUCUCCUGCCCACGCUGGCGGCAGCAGCCGGAAUAUCUCCGGAUCCCGAACUCCGCCUGGAUGGCCUGAACCUCUGGUCGGCCCUCAAGUACGGAUACGAAUCGGUGGAGCGGGAAAUUGUCCACGCAAUCGAUGAGGAUGUUGCGGAGCCACAUCUUUCUUACACGCGUGGCAAGUGGAAGGUGAUCAGCGGCACCACCAGUGGCGGUGCCUACGAUGGCUGGCUGGGAGAAAGGGUGACCAGUGAGGAGGAUCCCCGGUCCGUGGAGUACGAGGAUCUCAUCCGGAACACCAGUGUUUGGCAGCAGUUGCAGCGCGUAACCGCCGGGGAUCGCAACAUCAGCGAACUAAGGGAUCAAGCGAGGAUCGAUUGCCCACCUCCAGCGACUGGAAUCAAACCCUGUUUGCCCCUCGAAGCACCCUGCCUCUUCGACAUCGAGGAGGAUCCCUGCGAGCAGAGCAACCUCUACGAGGAAUACCGAAAUUCAACUAUAUAUCUUGACCUUUGGGAGCGAGUUCAGCAGUUUGCCAAACAAGCUCAUCCUCCUAACAACAAGCCAGCGGACCCGGAUUGCAAUCCACGGUUUUACCACAAUGAAUGGACCUGGUGGCAGGACGAGCAGGCCUCCAGUUCGGGGACCACGUUGCGUAUGACUGUCUUCAGGUUGUUCCUGUUAAUCAUCCUGACAAGUCGAUGGAUUAUCUAAUUUCAGGAAAUUAGGUUUCUAUUUAACUAUUAGACCUUAAAGAGUUUUAAAAAAUGAAGUAUGAUGCAGAUUGCAACGUUAUUACGACUUUAAAGUAAUUUAUUUUGUAGGUUGAAAUAAAUUGAAACAACAACUAGCAAAUUACCCAAAUAAUAAAAUUAAUUAUUUACAUCUUACUAACAAGAUUCAGAUCCAGAAUUAAUAUCAGCAAAUGUACUUAUAAGUUGCAUACUAAAUUAUAUAUAAAACCAGUACCUUGAUAUCGUUGUCAAUAGUCAACUCACUCUGAAUCGAGAGUUUGUAGAAAACUAAUAUGGAUCAUUUAUAUUAGACCAACUGGAAAAAGCUUCUGGGAACUGUCUUUAUGGCUCCAGUAUCGAAUAACCAAUAGGCUUGCUUAUCUUAUCAAUCACUUCUGUGAAAGCUGAUAAAUACAAAACCCCCUUUAAUUCAAUUAAAACAUUAGACGAAAGAACUCUGUCAAUCAAGAAGGCUUGGAAAGUAUUUAUCGAAAUUAUAGAAAUUGUGAGGACCUAUAUAAUUUACAACAGCUUUACUUGGUUUAUGUUAUAAACAUGGUCAAAUUUCCUAUGAAAUUAUGAUAAGAUUCAAUAUUUUUUUUAGUAAUCAGAAAUCUCAAGUAGAAUCUGUUGUUAUUUUAUGUAUCAAAUAAACCUUAAUAAUUUAUAUACUAACUCAGACUAAAUGUGUUAAAUACUUGAGUAAAUAUUUUUAAAAAUAAA